AUGAUCCAACAGACACAGGUCAUCAUGUCGGCUCCAGCUCUCCACUUCAUUCUCUUCGCUGUUUUCGCGAGCCUCUUCUUCUCCGCUCGCUGCAGCAAUCAAUCUCGGAAAGAUGUAGCCCUGUUGAUCCUCGGCGACUCCCUCAACGAUGCAGGGACCAACACCUACCUAAACACCACUGCAGGUUAUAGAGCAGAUAUUCCUCCUUAUGGCGAGACGUUCUUCCUGUUAGAGUUGGAUAUAACCCAUCACUUCCACCACCCCACUGGCAGAUUCUUCGAUGGUCGUUUGAUUGUCGAUUUUAUCGCUGAAUAUGCAAAGCUGCCGCUGAUUCCACCGUAUCUCAAAAUAAAAGAUGAUGAAUUCAUGGGAGGGGCGAAUUUCGCAUCCGGCGGAGCUGUUGCUUUGGUGGAGGAUUUGAAGAUGCAGCUGAAGCAGCUUGAACAGCUAGAGAAGAAGCUGAGGAAGGAGAUGGGGAGCGAGAAGUCCAUUUCCAUGGAUGAUUACGUGGGGAUGGCGAUUGGAAACAUCACCAGUGUUCUCCAGGGAAUAUACAAAGUAGGAGGAAGAAAAUUUGCAAUGAUUGGAAUAGGGCCAAUUGGAUGUGUGCCAGGCAUGAGAGCAUUAACCAGAAAUGGUGCUUGCCUAGGUGAAGCCACCACUCUUGCAAAGCUUCACAACAUUGCUCUUACUUCAGUUCUCACUAAGCUGGAGACUCAACUUCACGGAUUCGAGUACUCCUACUUCGAUUUCUACACUUCAGGCAGUGAGAGAAUCCAAUACCCAUCAAAAUAUGGUUUUAAGGACGCGGAAAUUGCGUGUUGUGGUUUGGGUCCUUAUAGGGCAAAUUUGAGUUGUGGAGGCCAAAGAGGAGCCAAGGAAUAUUCAUUAUGCCAUCGUCCUAAGAAGUACGUGUUCUUUGAUGCCUAUCAUCCAACUGGGAGGGCAAACCGGCAAUUUGCGCAGUUGAUGUGGAAUGGGAGUCUCAGUAUAAUCAGACCUCGCAACCUAAAAGCAUUGUUCAAAAAUUGA